AUGGGGGACAAGGAGAUGCCUGCUGCUGGGAUGCCGCGUCUUCUCCAGAGUUCCGCUGAGAGUCGGCAGAGUCAUCCUGAGUGGGAGGACUCCCCGGGUCUUCUCCAGAGUCCUCCUGAGGGGAAAGACUCCCAGUCUCCUCUCCAGAAUCCUCAGAGUCCUCCUGAGGGCGAGGACUCCCUGUCUCCUCUCCAGAUUUCUCAGAGCCCUCCUGAGGGUGAGGACGUCCAGUCUCCUCUCCAGAUUUCUCAGAGCGCUCCUGAGGGUGAGGACGUCCAGUCUCCUCUCCAGAAUCCUGCGAGCUCCUUGUUCUCCUCCACUUUACUGAGUCUUUUCCAGAGUUCCCCUGAGAGUUCUGAAAGUCCUUUUGAGGGUUUUCCCCAGUCUUCUCCCCAGUUUCCUGUGAGCUCCUCCUUCUCAUCCACUUUACUGUGUGUUUUCCAGAGUUCCCCUGAGAGUUCUCAAAGUACUUUUGAGGGUUUUCCCCAGUCUCCUCCCCAGUUUCCUGUGAGCUCCUCCUUCUCAUCCACUUUACUGUGUGUUUUCCAGAGUUCCCCUGAGAGUUCUCAAAGUCCUUUUGAGGGUUUUCCCCAGUCUCCUCCCCAGUUUCCUGUGAGCUCCUCCUUCUCAUCCACUUUACUGUGUGUUUUCCAGAGUUCCCCUGAGAGUUCUCAAAGUACUUUUGAGGGUUUUCCCCAGUCUCCUCUCCAGAUUCCUGUGAGCUCCUCCUCCUCCCCUUUACUGAGUGUUUUCCAGAGUUCCCCUGAGAGUUCUCAAAGUACUUUUGAGGGUUUUCCCCAGUCUCCUCUCCAGAUUCCUGUGAGCUCCUCCUUCUCCUCCCCUUUACUGCGUGUUUUCCAGAGUUCCCCUGAGAGUUCUCAAAGUACUUUUGAGGGUUUUCCCCAGUAUGCUCUCGAGAUUCCUCAGAGUCCUGCGGAGGGAGACAACUCUCAGUCCCCUCUCCAUAGUCCUCAGAGUCCUCCUGAGGGGGAGGACUCCCCGUCUCCGUUCCAGAGUCCUCCUGAGUGGGAGAAUACCCUUUCUCCUCUCCAGAUUCCUCAGAAUCCUCCUGAGUGGGAGGACUGUCUGUCUCGUCUCCAGAUUCAUACGUGUCCUCCUGAUGGGGAGGACUUCCAGUCUCCUCUCCAGAUUCCUCAGAGUCCUCCUGAGUGGGAGGACUCCCUGUCUCCUCUCCAUUUUCCUUAUAGGCCUCCUCAGGGGGAGGACUUCCAGUCUUCUCUCCAGAGUCCUGUAAGCAUCUACUCCUCCUCCACUUCAUUGAGCCUUCCCCAGAAUUUCUCUGAGAGUCCUCAGAGCCCUCCUGAAGGGCCUGCCCAGUCUCCUUUCUAUAGUCCUCAGAGCCUUCCUGAGGGGAUGGACUCCCAGUCUCCUUUCCAGAGUCCUCCUGAGGGGGAGGAUUCCCUGUCUCCUCUCUACAUUCCUCAGAGUCCUCUUGAGUGGGAGGUCUCCUUGUCUCCCUUUCCUCACAGCCCUCCUCAGGGGGAGGACUCCCAGUCUUCUCUCCAGAGUCCUGUGAUUAUCUGUUCCUCCUCGACUUCACUGAGUCUUCCCCAGGAUUUCCCUGAGAGACCUCAGAGACCCCCUGAGGGGCCUGCUCAGUCUCCUCUCCAGAAACCUCUCAGCUCCUUCUCCUACACUUUAGCGAGUCUUCUGCAGAGUCCCCAUGAGAGUCCUCAGAGUCCAUCUGAGGGGCCUGCCCAGUCUCCACUCCAGAGACCUGUCAGCUCCUUCUCGUCCACUUCAUUGAGUCUUUCCCAGAGUUCUCCUGAGAGUCCUGAGAGUCCUACUGAGGGGCCUGCGCAGCCUCCUCUCCAGAGUGCUGUGAGCUCCUCCUCCUCCUCCACUGCAUUGAGUCUUUCCCAGAGUUCCCCUGAGAGUCCUCAGAGUCCUCCUGAGGGGCCUGCCCAGUCUCCUCUCCAGAGUGCUGUGAGCUCCUCCUCCUCCUCCACUUCCUUGAGCCCAUUCAGUGAAGAGUCCAGCAGUCCAGUAGAUGAAGAUACAAGCACCUCAGACACCUUGCUAGAGAGCGAGUCCUUGACAGACAGUGAGUCCUUGAUAGAGAGCGAGCCCUUGUUCAUUUAUACACUGGAUGAAAAGGUGGACGAGUUGGUGCGGUUUCUUCUCCUCAAAUAUCAAGCGAAGCAGCCUGUCACAAAGGCAGAGAUGGUGACGAAUGUCAUCAGCAGGUACAGGGGCUACUUUCCUAUGAUCUUCAGGAAAGCCCGUGAGUUCAUAGAGAUUCUUUUUGGCAUUUCCCUGAGAGAAGUGGACCCUGACGGCUCCUACAUCUUUGUAAACACAUUAGAGCUCAGCUGUGAGGGGAGUCUGAGUGAUGAGCAGGGCAUGCCCCCGAACCACCUCCUGAUUCUUAUUCUGAGUAUCAUCUUCAUGAAGGGCACCUGUGCCUCUGAGGAGGUCAUCUGGGAUGUGCUGAGUGGAAUAGGGGUGCGUGCUGGGAGGGAGCAUUUUAUCUUUGGGGAGCCCAGGGAGCUCCUCACUAAAGUUUGGGUGCAGGAACGUUACCAAGAGUACCGGGAGGUGCCCAACACUGCUCCUCCACGUUACGAAUUCCUUUGGGGCCCAAGAGCUCAUUCAGAAAUCAGUAAGAGGAAAGUAGUCGAGUUUUUGGCCAUGCUCAACAAUACCGUCCCUAUUUCCUUUCCACCCUCGUACAAGGAUGCUUUGAAAGAUGUGGAAGAGAGAGCCCAGGCCAUAAUUGACACCACAGAUGACUCCCCUGCCACAGACAGUGCAAGCCCCAGUGUCGUGUCCCCCAGCUUCUCUUCUGAGUGA